AUGCUUGAAGUUACUUUUCUAGUUUUCUUCUGGAUUGCAGUGAAUUCACAUUUCAGGUCAUCUGGUAGUCAACAGAUCAGAGCCCGAGAGCUGUCGGUGGUCGGCUUGCCAAUCUACUCAACAAAACGAUGUCUGGUUGAAGCAGUCGUCGAUGCUGUUGCAGCCAUUGCCCGAGGCGAUGAGCCAAAUCAUCUGUUCACCGCCUUGGCCGCAUUGGUCUCCGAUGGUCUCAAGGAUGAGGUCUCCUCGUGGAGUAUGAUACGCACUGUCACUGCGCCAGGUCCUGCCACGAAAGACGUUUAUUCUAUCGUGAACAAAUUGGAUUCGAGCGAGAAGUCCGAGAAUUCUCGUGUUGAACAGUUUUUCGAAGAGCUUUUUAGAUUGCUGGUUGUGUUAUGUUAUUUUGAAAGAGAACGUCCUUCGCCGCCUUUAUUCACCAGGCAGCUUUCUGUUGACGCUCCUACAGCUUAUCGAACGCUCUUGUGGCGACUCGUUAGUCUUACACUGAAACUUAUGCCGCGAUGUCUCAAUCAAGGCACACCAUCGCGUUGUAUAGACCUUCAGCAAAAAAAAAAUCCCCCUCCCGUAUUUCUCCCUCGUGUUAGAAGUUCGAGAAUGCUCACAACCACAUCAUACGCAAUCGAUGCUUUGGAGUGGGCCGUGCAGGCUACCGGCAGACUCUCGAGUCCCGAAAAGUUCGUCAGUACCGGCCCGCUUGUCGAACUCAAAUAUUCGCAACCAGAGACGGUCUCGGAUACCAUUGCCGAAGAGUCGUGUGAGCAUGCAUCGGACGCUUUCGCCAAUGGCGACGGCGGCAAUCACCGCAUCGCCGCUCGCUUCUGUGAUUGCGGACUUGUGCGAACCUGGUCUGCUGGUGGUGUCGCGCGGCGAACGCGUGCGGGUGCUGUCGCGACGAGGCGACGUCGCUCGCUGUUGUCGUGUACAUCGCCGUCGCGACGUCGUCUCCACUGGUAUCGUUCCACUCGUCAAUCUUGCCAUCCGAUCAUGACGAUCUAG